AUGACGGACUGGAAGAAAGCAGGCAAGGACAAGGCCGACUCGGUCUUGAACCUGAUCCCGCAGGAAUGGCGUCUGCCGACUGUCCCGUCGAUUGAAGAGCAGCGAGACGUGACCGGAGCAUACAUCCAGCAGUACCUCGACAAGAAAGAGAUUGAGAUCACAGAGACGGACGCCGUGGGCAUUGUUCAGAAGACUACGACAGGCGCAUGGACCGCUGUCGAGGUCGCGAAGGCAUUCUGCCACCGUGCUGCGGUCGCACAUCAGCUUGUUAGCUGCCUCCAUGAAAUCUUCUUCCAUCAGGCGAUUGAGGAGGCAGAGAAGCUGGAUAAGUACUUCCAAGAGCAUAAGAAACCGGUGGGGAUGCUGCAUGGACUGCCUGUGUCGCUGAAAGACCAGUUCCAUGUCAAGGGCGUCGAGACGAGCAUGGGCUAUGUUGGAUGGCUUGGAACGUUCCAAGGGCAGAAGGGGACUGGCAAAGAGAAGGUUUUUGAGUCCGAGAUGGUGAGGGAGUUGAGGAGCUUGGGUGCUACACUAUAUUGCAAGACCAGUGUUCCGCAUACCUUGAUGUGCGGUGAGACGAUCAACAAUAUCGUAGGCUAUACUGAGAACCCCAAGAACCGGAACCUGUCGAGUGGAGGGUCAUCAGGCGGAGAGGGGGCACUCAUCGGCGCCAGAGGCAGCGUGGUAGGCUUUGGUACGGACAUUGGUGGUUCAAUCCGCAUCCCAGCUGCCUUCAAUGGCCUCUACGGCAUCCGUCCAUCGUCCGGCCGCCUCCCCUAUGAAGGCAUGGCCAACAGCAUGGACGGACAAAACAGCAUCCUCAGCGUCGUCGGUCCCCUCGCCACGACCCCGGAAGCCCUGAAACUCGUCAUGCAAGCACUCCUAAGCACCUCGCCCUGGCUCCACGAUCCUCUCGUCCACGAAAUCCCCUGGCGCCCAGAAGCAGAACUCGCCAUCACAGACCCUGUUCAACGUCUGUCCAACCCCCUCUCCUUCGCCGUCCUCCGUCAUGACGGAGGCUGUGCACCACAUCCACCCGUGUCCCGCGCCAUCGACAUCGCAGUGCAGGCCUUAUCCAAAUUGGGCGAAGUAAUAGACUGGCAGCCUACAAUUCCCCACACUGAAUUAACAGAGAUCUGUGGCCAAUGCUGGGACUUCGACGGCGGCGCCAACUGCCGCGGCGACUUCGAACUCUCUGGCGAGGAGCCUUACCCACAGACGAUGGUUGCGAACUCACCGCAGGCAACUGCGAGCGAUAUAAUGGCAGUGAAUAUCAAGAAGCGGGAAGCGCAGAAGAAGUACAUGGAGUAUUGGAACAGCACUGCAAACGUGACGAAAAGCGGAAGGCCGGUUGAUGCGAUCAUUGCUCCGCUCGCGCCGUUUGCGAGUCCGAGGAGGGGAAGAUAUAGGUACUCUGGGUAUAGUGUUUGGGUCAACGUUCUGGAUUAUACUAGUGUUGUUGUGCCGAUUAUGAAAGUGGACAAGAACGUGGAUACCAAGGCGACAGACUUUAAACCUGUGGGUGAGGUCGAUCAGCAGACUCAAGAUGACUAUGAUCCAGAGAUUUACGAUGGUGCUCAUGUUUCUAUCCAGUUGGUGGGACGGAGAUUGCAGGAAGAGAAGAUGAUUGCACUGGCUGAGUUGUUGGGUGAAGCUGUGCAUGGGGGAGCUUAG